AUGAAGAAUACUCAUGCUGCAGAUUCGGGUGCGAAUGGUACAAACCCCAGCAAUGGCUCUCUCGGACCACACGACAAUGGCGUUACAACUGGCCUACAGGGACUGGGCAAAGAACAGCCACUGACAAUCUUGAUUGUGGGUGCUGGAAUAGGCGGCCUGACCGCAGGCAUCGCACUCCGACAAGCUGGUCACAUCGUCAAGAUCUUCGAGUCAUCAGGUUUCGCGUCAGAGACCGGCGCAGCGAUACAUUUGCCACCCAACACAAAUGGCAUAAUGCGUCGAUUGGGAAUAAUCGCCCAAGACUUCGGAUCAAAUCCAAUGUGCAUGAUGAAAGAAAGUGACGGCCAAGGCAACGUGAUCCGAGGCAUGGACAUGAGGAAGAUGAACAAGAUCUGGCAGCAUGCUUGGCUCCUGGCUCAUCGUAUACACCUUCAUGACGCUCUGAAGCGAAUGGCCAUCUCAGAGGCUGGUGAAGGCAGGCCAUGCGAACUACACACUCGCAGCAGAGUGCAGAAUGUUGACGAGGUCAAUGGCGUGAUCACGUUUGAGCAUGGAGGGACAGCAACGGGAGGCGUGGUGAUUGGUGCUGAUGGCGUUCAUUCCAUCGCACGAAACAGCAUUGACCCUGAUACCAAGCCUUUUGGGUCUGGCAAAAGUGCUUUUCGAUUUCUGAUACCGAAAGAGACGAUCAAGAACGACCCAAUCACGUCUCACUUAGUCGACGAAGACGGUGAGCUCAAGAUCUGGUAUGAAGACGAUCGCCGCAUCGUGAUGUAUCCAACCUCGAACAACACUAUCCUCAACUUCGUGUGUAUCCACCCAUCCUCCGAAUCAGACGCGAGUCGCCUCGCCCUAAUCGGUGACGCAGCCCACCCCUUCCUCCCUCACCAAGGUCAAGGCGCCGGCGCCGCAAUCGAAGACGCCGCAUCCAUAGCAGUUGUUCUUCCCCUCGGCACCACUCCCUCCCAAGUACCCGCCCGCCUUUCCCUUUACGAUACAAUCCGUCACGAACGCGCCACCAAAAUCCAGACCAUCUCCCGCAUCAUCGGCGGCGACAAUCUCCAGAAGAAGAAAGAACUGGACAUGUUCGGAUUCACCAACUACAACUUCGGCCACGACGAAUUCGACCAUUCCGCCCAGAAGUUCCGCGAGUAUCAAUGGUCUCUCGUCGAGAAGAAAUACUCCCGCAUGCCCCUCGCCUUCGGCCCCAUGCCUGGUCCCCGUCAAGAUCACUACGGUAAUCCGCGAAGCGGCGCGUACUCGACUUUCACCACAGCUUCAAUCCAGUUCAAGACUUCCGCCACCUUGCUUCGAACUCUCUUGCCACCCGGUCGAGAAGGGUAUAAAUUCUCCGCACCUGGGACCGUCGCCUACGCCUCCUUCUCCUGCACGACGCUCAACAAUAUGGCCUGGCUGGGCGGUGGUGGAUACAACCACAUCGGGCUUUACAUUCACGGCGUUGAGUACACGUCACCGAGUAGUGGGGAAACGUACAAAGGCGCGUACAUGCCUAUCCUGUUUGAGAACCUUGUAGAUCCGAUCGUGAGUGGGAGGGAGGAGUUAGGAAUGCCGAAGCUAUACUCCUCGAUCGAUAUCGCGCGGAGAUCGGGAUCGUACCAUAUCCGGACGGGGUGGCAAGGAGUCAACUGGGGGACUCUCUCCCUCACGGGUCUUACCGAAGCUACGACCGCCACUCCGACCUCGAUGACUGGCUCCAACGACGAAGGGAUUCUCGUGCAUCGAUAUAUCCCUGCUGUGGGGAAGGAGAUGAAGGGAGAGGCAGAGGCGGAUUAUGCCGUUUUUGAUAAAUUUUCGGACGCUGUCCCGCAGGCGAAAGUCACGAGAACCUUGAUCGCGAAGGAUGCGAAAUUCUCCAUUGAUGGGAUGAGUUGGGACGAGCUGCCGACUUUACACCACGUCAUUGAGAGGUUGGCGGAGUUGCCCGUGUACGAAAUUGUGGGUGCGAAGGUCGCAGAAGGAACGGGCGUGAGCGAUGUAAGCAGUGCGAAGCCUUGCUGA